CCUUCCUCGGGUGACCCCCAUUCUUCCUCCUCACGCUUGCCUCCGCCUCCCUCCCAUAGACGCCUCGUCCGUCCCUGCGUCACCACCUUCUCGCCUCGCCAACACCUGGAAUCCACAAUGACAAGUGUGUUACUGGAAUGAACAUCUGUGUGAGGAAACACCUGUGUGACUCCAGCCAACAGCAAGAAGGGUAGUGAGGCUCACUACCUGCCCGGAGCUCCUCGCACGCACACCGCUCUCUUCCCAACUUCUGAGGUGAAAAUGCAGGACACAGGGUGCUGUACUUAAAGGGCUUGGUGGUCCAGGUGUGCGGGAGUUGUGGGACGGAAGGAUUAUGGCUGAACAGCAGUUCUGCCUACGGUGGAACAACUUCCAGGCCAAUAUAGUGUCAUCAUUUGAAACCCUACUAGACAGAGAAGAAUUUGUAGAUGUUACUUUAACAGCAGAGGGAAAAUCUUUGAAAGCACACAGGGUACUUCUCUCAGCAUGCAGCCCAUACUUCAGAGACUUAUUUCGGGAUCUCCCUGCUCAUCAGCAUCCAGUCAUUGUGUUGCGUGAUACAAGUUUUUUAGAAUUAAAAUCUUUAUUGAGCUUCAUAUAUCAUGGAGAAGUUAAUGUAUCUCAAGAAAGACUGGGACUCCUUCUUAAGACAGCAGAGGCUCUUAGAAUUAAAGGACUUGCUCAAGAUAACAGAACCACAGAAAAUGAACCGUUUGGGAGCCUUGCCAGUAGCCCCAAAAAGGAGCCCGAAGAAGGCAUAGACAGAGGGGAGCGUCGUGGAGGGGGUCCUGGAUCCCCUGCCCUAAGUCUUGCCUUCUCUGGUGUUGGUGGGUCUGCACUGGCCCCCGUCAACCCUCUCGUUCCCCUGGAGCCACCAAGCCACAAGUCCCAUCAUCUUUUACCCUCACCACCAGCCAAACGUCGAAAAUUACUGCAGCCACCACUUGGAGUUCCCUCACCCAUACAACGAGAAAAUUCAACACCACAAAUGCCACCUGUUACCUCCACAGCCUCUCAAGAUGAUGACAGAACUAAUAGGGUGAUUAACCUGACCAUGGCAGCCAGCAACUCUGGUAGUGCUAAUUCUCCAUCCCCUAGGCUAGUACCCAAGACAGAACUAAAUAUAUCUGAGGAGGAUGGCCCAGGUAGAGGUAGCAGCAGUGGUGGUGGUGGUGGUGGUGGUGGUAGCAGUGGUGGUGGUGGGGGUGAUGGCAGUAGUGACCAUGAGGCUGAAGAGUCAUAUGAAGAUGACUCAAUAGACCAUGAUGUAAAAGGUCCAGACCUGCAUGGCUUGCCACACCUCUCAGCAGCAGUACAAAACUUUGUGCCAUAUGCAGCAGCAGUAGCAGCAGGAUCCUCGCAGCUGGAGACCUUCCCUGGGCCAUCAGGAGUUUUACCUCCCGCUAGUCAAGCAGGGUGGAGAGGGAGCCAUACAGAACCCAGUGACACCUCAGCUCAAGGUGGUCAUCCUGUAUUUAAUGAAUUGUUGUGCGGUGACGGUGGGUACGGGGGGAAGAAGGCAGUGCCCACGCCUUGUCCCGUGUGCGCCAAAGUUCUCUCCAACGCAUACAAUAUGCGUGUUCACCUGGAGACUCACCAGAACAUCACAUACAAGUGUAUCAUCUGUGGCAUCAUUACACGUACACGUGACACCAUGAGAAAGCAUCUCUCCAAUGUACACAAGCUCCGUAAUGUGGAACUGAAGAAUUCUUUCAAGAGGAUUACAGGCAAGCAACAGUCGAGCACUGGUACUGCUGAUACCACAACUCCCACCUCAACCACAACUUGUGCAGCAACUACACCCACAAAAUCCAACUCUGCCAAGUUAGCAUCUCCUUCCUCUGAUGUGAAAUGCACAGGAACUGCCAGCCCACUAUCUGAGGCAGAUUCAGUCCAAACAUCCUUCCCAUCAACAGAUUCCUUUGGAGCUCUCAAUUUGGCCAAAGGCAAUAAUCUUGCUUCCAUAGUGAGCAAAUUGAGUCAGAAACCAUGAAUAUAAAUUGGAGAGGUAGCAAGCGGAAAAUCGAAUCGUGUAGUGUUGACCGUUCUACGCAAAUAAUCCAAAGAUUUAUCUAAUGUUUAUAACUUUUUUCGUCAACUGAACACCCAAACUAGUCUUAUCAUGAUCAGUCAUUUUAUUGGGAAAUUGUUUUGUGGCAACUAUGCAGAUAUAUAAGGUAAUGUGGAGGUCAAAUGAAUGGGUUACAUAUCAAAAGGUGCCCCAGUCACUAUUUAGUUUGUUGAAAACCAAGCUUAACCAAAGGAAAGGUUAAUGUUAUGUUAUGCAUUAACUUAAAUGGCCAGUUUUUUAUGUGAUAUAACCUUCUGAAACUGUUACCACGCUUUGUUAUUUUAGUCAUUUAUUUUUCGAGUUUAUGAUGAAUGCGAGUUAAAUUGAUUAAGCGUAGUGCUCUGUAUAUCACAUCACUCAUGAAAAGGUGCUAUUGGUUUCCUAGUUUUGUAGAUUGUAGUUAAUUAAGUUUUACUUUUAAGUGUUGUGAUUUUUUUUUUUUUUUUUUAAUAUUUAUAUUUCAUGAUGCCUUAUACUGCUGCAGUAAGCCUUCUAUAUGCUUCACAUGUUCCAUAGUCCCAUCAGUUGUUAAAGUAGAGUGUGCUUGUUCAUGGAUAUGAAUAACUUUUUAUUGGGACUGUAAAGAUAAAUGGCUAUAAAUAGCCCUUUUAUAUUAUACUUUUAACGGCUUUGAAAUCUUGAAAACAGAUUAUGCAUUGAUGAGUGUUUUUUCUAUGCCCUUACAUUUGUCUAACUCAGAAAGUGAUGCAUAUCCAUUAAAAUAAUCCAAUCAAAAUAUUGUUAUGAACUCGUACAAACAAACAAAAUUUUUUGUUUUUGGGUGAUGAGGACUGCAAAUAUAUUCCAAAUAGUAUGUGUUGUAUGUUUUGUAUAAUAACUAGAUGCAACACACAAAUAUAAUGACUAUAUUGUUACAAUAGAACUAAUAGUACAAUGAAAGAAAUAAAAUGGGUAAACAUGAUCAUUCAUCAUACAUAAAAUGUAUUGAUAUAUAGCUUGUUUAAUGGUUCGUGACAAAUAUAGAAAAAAAACUGUGCCUUAAAAUUUAAGAAGAAUUUCAUUGCAAGACAAAAGAUUGUAAAAUAUGGCUCACUGUAUGCAGGUAUUGGCAGAUGUGAAGUGUGCCGAGUGUUUUUGUUAUAAUAAGUUACUAGUCUUAGCUGCCGUCCUCAGGAGGGAUGCCCUUUCAAAGCUGAAAAAUUCUGGAUUUUGAUAAUGCAAUAUCAUUGCACUUGUGUUGGAUGCAAUAUCCUUCAUAAAUAGUCAUUUUUACCAUGCUAGUUUUGAGAUUUUUAAUAAGGGAUUUGGCUACUCAAAAGUUUUAUAAAAUUCAAACAUGAAAGUGUGUGUGUGUGUUUGUGUGUGGGUGGGUGGGUGGGUGCGCGUCUCCAUUUGUGUGUGCGUGCGUUGGUGCGUGCUUGCUAGCGUGCCAUAUGACCAAGUAGUUGCUACCCCUCGUCAAUCAGUUUAUCUCAUUUAUACAAUUUGUAUCUAUAUUCUGCUCUUCAACACUUCCUCACUGUUUCCUUCCUCUCCUGCCUUCCUACCCAUUUCAUCCUUCUU